GUUUACUUCCGUGUUUUGGUUCUCAGAGGCGAGGCGGAGAGUCUGAAAUCCAACUGUACAGACAGCUGUAACGAAAAGAUCACAGAGACGCGUUUAUUUACACACUCGGCCGCUCAGGCCAACACCAGCCAAAGCAGCGUCUCAUGACUUUAUUCUCCGGUUAAAAUGGACAGCCGCUGCUACUGCUGCGCCUCAAAGUUUAGUCUCUUCAAGAAGGAGCUGGGGUGUAAAAACUGUGGCCGCUCGUUCUGCUCCAGCUGUUUGACUCUCAGUGCUGUGGUGCCUCGCUGUGGCAACACCCAGCAGAAGGUCUGCAGGCAGUGCCACGGCAAUCUGACAAGGGGGGAAUCUUCAAAUGAUGCUGGAAGAUGGUCACCUCCUGAAAAUUACAAAAAACGGGUUGCUGCGCUUGAGGCCAAACAGCAUGGACAGCCGAAGCAGCCUGGUGUAUCUGGAGGGAGUAGAAACGGCAAAGUAGGCCAUCAACCAGCCAAAGGCUUGAGCAAAGAUCAAGCUAUCGCUGAAAGACUUCAAAAACUCAAAGAAGACACUACACCAAAGUCCAUCCCCUCUGAUAGAGAGCUGGAGUCUCGCCUCGCCGCCCUGAAAACUCCCAGCCAGCCAGUUCCUUCUUCACAGGACAUGGAGGACCGACUGGCCGCUCUACAGGGUCGACCUCCACCGUCUCAAGCUCCUCCGCGUGUGCAUCAGCCCCCAGAUCGAAGGACCCAGACUGAACAAGCCAAUGACUUGAUUACUCAAAUGACGGAUGAAGUUUCCAUUGACAACCAGCAGUCAAAUCCCGAAAGCACAGGAGGCGGUUUCAUGAAUGACCUCAACAAGGGGGAAGGGGGGACCCUGGACGAGAAUCUAGAUGAGAACGACGGUGCGGCCAAGCAGCUGGAUGCCGAGAAAGACCGCGUGCUUGAGGAGGCCAUGGAGGAGCUGAGGAAUGAGCGGCAUUCCCAGGAUCAGAUCCUCCACAUGGCCAAAAGGCUGGCACAGCUGAAGGGGCAGGACCCAAAUAAAGUUACAAUGGAGGACUUCCAGCAUCCUGACAGUGAAGAGGAGACUGAGGAAGAGGCUGUGAAGAGAGUGUUAAAGCAGCUCUCAGAAGAGGCGGCGCUGGAUGAAGCCAGUGGAUAUAACAUCCCGCUAGAGCAGAGGGGCCCGAAGAACACAGAGAAGAAGAAAUCCUCAAAGAAAACGAACCCAGCUCCUGCAUCCACAAGCAGAUCUGUGCCAGCUGCUGUCGCGCAUCAGUCGUCAGACAGCGACGACGAAGAGCUUCCCUGGUGUUGCAUCUGUAACGCCGACGCCACCCUCCGCUGUCACACCUGCGAGGGGGACCUGUACUGUAACCGCUGCUUCAGGGAAGGCCAUGAUAAAUAUGACAGGAUGGAGCAUCGCACGAGUAACUACACAGCCCCGAAGAAGAAGAAGAAGACGUGAUAGCGAUGGGAUGGUGCAGGUGUUUGCCUUAUCAGGCCGUGGUUAAUCAUCACCAUAAGAAUUGCUCUUUAGCCUUACGUGACCUUUUAUUGUUUUUUUAAAAUGGAAACUAAAUGCUACCUGGUGUCUAACGCAAAGCAGCAGCCGUCAUGAAUCAAUUUGACCCACAGGACAGAAAACAGCUGCCUUCGUUCACUUAUGAUGCUGAUCUGAAUGAGCAGAGCUCACAGCGAGACCGUUUAGUGAAUCUUACAAAUCAGAGGUCAGAUAAAAAUACGUUUCCAUCAGGGGUUUUCACAGUGUGGGAGCGCAGCUCCUCUCACAGCUUGAACCACAUUCUUUGGUAUUUUUUGGUUGACUUCCUCGUAUAUUUCGCAUUUUAUUGCUAAUAUGUCAUUACUAAUUGCAUUUGAGAUUGAUAAAUAAUAAAAAUCAUCAAUCUUUUUGGACUAGCGAGAUGCAUUUGAUUUUUAAUAUUAGCUAAGUCUUAACUGUUUUAAUUGUUACAAUUAGUAAGUAAAGUUUAUUUAUAGAGCACUUUUCUCAGAUAGAAUCACAAAGUGCUGUACAGAACAAGGACAUUAAAUUAUUUAAUCACCAAGCAGAUUCAAUUAUUUUAACUCUAACAAUGAAUCCCAUUGUAAAAGGUGGAUGUUGUAUAAAAUGAUACGUAAAAGUAAUCGAAACAAUUGUUCGAUCCUGAUUUAUCUCUGUGAACAGGAGAAAAAGAAGACAUGCUGUUGAAAAGGUGUCCUCAUCUCUCACGCUCUGAAAACCACUGAUUUCCUUAAACGCAAUAAAAUAUGUUUAAUAAGCCCAACUUCUGUUAUUUUUGUGGAAUGUAUGGGGAAGUAGAACAUCUGAAGUGGUUUCUAGACAGUGGUGAUAUUUUUAGCGUCUAGCCAAACAAGACAUGUUAGGGUUUUGUUUUUUUUUUAUGUCUGUUGUCCUACUUCCUCGUGGAAACAAAAGCUCAUCUGAGUUCACUUUGCGCCUGUCACCGUUUGAUCGUCGUGAAGUUUUUAAAGCGCAGGAAGCAGACGCACCGUGAGCUCAUCUGGGAUGAUGUGCAGUCUCAGACUCCCGUCAACCACAGAGGAGUCGGUAUAAAAGGAUUACUGAGGGCUUUGUUUUCCUUUGGCAGCCUCUCUUGUAAUCUAUGUUUGGCUGCAAGUCUGACAUAAGCGCGAUGCUCUUGCCCUUAUGUGUAAUGUUAUUAUA